GUGAUUUUUUCUGUAAAGGCAUUUUCUCUGCCCUAAUCGCUACAACCAUCCCCCAAUAUUCUCAAAGAUCCCAGUUUUAAGCAUGUCGGUUCAGCUAUGUGACGAUCCAUUUAAGACUAUAAGUGAAAUAGACCAUUGUGAUCUAUUUCCUCGGGAAUAUGGUUUCCACCUCGCGUGUCUCUGCGAAGAUUGUGUUCCAAAACUAAGAGAGCUCGCUGCUUUUGAGGAAGAGAUGAAAAACAAGCGGAAGCUUGUCAGUGUAUGUAAUAGUACUUCAAUAAAGGAAGCGAAUAAAGAGGCAUAAACGCAUGAAUCGAUCAAUAAUUCUGCUUCGUAUGAUUUGGAUGAUUUGAUGUUCAAGCAGGCAUUUAUAUACCGAAUGAAUUGGUCACAAGAUCGUUGUAUGUUUCUGUCCACCGCCGUUGAGCGCACGAAAAAGACGCUGGAUUUACUUCUCAAUAACCUCUCAACAGUAUCUAAGAAGUCUGGAAUCUCACUUACGCUUAAACCAAGUGCUUCUGUAGCCAAACUGGAACAAACUGAUUUGGUAAUAGCUAGAUUGCUAGUACAGCAUGGCCUGAUGAAUGACUUUGAGAAUGAAAAUGCAAUUGAGAGUUGUGAAGUAGAAGAAGAUGAUGAUGAUGAUGAAGGGGAGGAUGAGGAAGAGGAGGAAACUGAUGAGGUUCUUCCUAUUGGGUCUAACAUCAGUUCUCUGCUAUAUUAUUACGGGCAAACUAAGGUUAAAGAUGUUGCUCAUAGCCUACUUGAGAAGAUUGAUAAUCUAGAUAAAGAACUCCGGGAGGCUAAGAAAUCUGCUGUAGCAGAAAAUAAACCAAUGGAUCCCUUGGUUCCCAUGAAGUGCAUUGAAGAACAAAUUAGGCAUAUAAAGAUGUAGCCGGUUGAGGAAUUGCACGAUGAAGUUAAAGAGCUGGUUGUUGAACUUACCGACAGGCAUGAGAAAGUGGGGAGGGCUCUCACAGCAUUGGAUGACAUCUCCACUACUUGUCGUGCUAUGAUUAAAAUAAGGAAUGAGUUCUUGUUAAAAUACAAUACGUGUGAUGUAUGCAUACAAUUAAUUGAUCUGUUAAAUCAGGUCUCAUCUACUAUAAUAUAAAAGCAAAAUCCCUGAAAACACUGUUUUUUCAACAGUGUUCCCGCCCAUAUUUCUAAGGCAGGAGUUCACAAGAUGAAAUUACAUAAAUAGCCUUGUGAAGGAGCUCUGUGAAGGGUAAAAUUGCACAACAUGAAUAAAUUAUUACAUUUCAACAGUUCAGCCG